UGCUGGUUACAGUAUGACAUGACACUGAGGGAGGAGCCCAUCAUCAGAUCGAGUGUGAGCAACUGCUAUAUCAUCAGACUGAAUCAAACAUCCCCAAACUACAGCAAAUCAUGUCUUACCAGGGAAAAAAGAAUAUCCCCAAGAUCACUAGCGAAAGGCUUCUGAUAAAAGGUGGUCGAAUCGUAAAUGAUGACCAGUCUUUCUAUGCAGACAUCUAUAUGGAGGAUGGAGUCAUCAAGCAAAUUGGAGAUAACCUGAUAGUACCAGGUGGGGUGAAGACCAUUGAAGCGGACGGGAAAAUGGUGAUUCCUGGAGGAAUUGACAUUCAUACUCACUUCCAGAUGCCAUACAGGGGCACGACCACUGCGGAUGAUUUUACCCAGGGCACCAAAGCGGCUCUUGCUGGAGGGACCACCAUGAUUGUGGAUCACGUGAUUCCGGAGCCUGGCAGCAGUUUGGUGGCAGCGUUCGAGCGCUGGACUGAAUGGGCCGAUGAGAAAGUGUGCUGUGAUUAUUCACUACAUGUGGACGUCACACACUGGAAUGACAGCGUAAAACUGGAGCUAGAGAACCUCAUUAAUGAGAAAGGUGUGAACUCUUUCCAGGUCUACAUGGCUUACAAAGAUCUCUAUCAGAUGAGUAACAGUGAGCUUUAUGAGAUCUUCACCUUCCUUGGGGAGCAUGGAGGAAUCGCACAGGUACAUGCAGAAAAUGGAGAAAUAAUUGCAGAGGAACAAGCUCGUAUGUUGGAGAUAGGUAUCACUGGACCCGAGGGUCAUGUUCUCAGCCGUCCAGAAGAGCUGGAAGCUGAGGCUGUGUUCAGAGCCGUCACGAUCGCCAGUCAAACCAACUGUCCGCUCUACAUCACUCGUGUCAUGAGUAAAAGUGCUGCUGACAUCAUCUCACAGGCCCGUAAAAAAGGUAAUGUGGUUUUUGGGGAACCAAUUACGGCCAGUUUGGGAACAGAUGGGACUCACUAUUGGAGCAAGAACUGGGCUAAGGCCGCCUCUUUUGUGACAUCACCACCCCUCAGUCCAGACCCAACCACUCCAGACUACCUGAGCACCCUGUUGGCCAGUGGAGAUCUGUCAGUCACCGGCAGUGCUCACUGCACGUUCAGCGUGGCUCAGAAGGCCAUCGGGAAAGACGAUUUCACUCAGAUUCCUGAAGGAGUGAAUGGAGUGGAGGAGAGGAUGUCAGUCAUCUGGGAUAAGGCUGUGGUCACUGGUAAAAUGGAUGAAAACAUGUUUGUAGCUGUCACUAGCACCAAUGCCGCAAAGCUCCUGAACCUGUAUCCACGCAAGGGCCGGAUAGCUGUGGGAUCGGAUAGUGAUCUGGUCAUCUGGGACACGGACGCCGUCCGCACCGUCACUGCGAAAACACAUCACUCUGCAGCGGAGUAUAAUGUGUUUGAGGGGAUGGAGCUGAGAGGUGCGCCCCUGCUGGUCAUCUGUCAGGGGAAAGUCGUUCUGGAGGACGGGAAGUUGAGCGCCACCGCCGGUAUGGGCCGCUUCAUUCCCUGCUCACCUUUCCCUGACUACGCUUAUAAACGCGUCAAAGCCAGAAAACAGCUGGCUAUACUGAAGGCUGUACCCAGGGGCAUGUAUGACGGCCCUGUGUCUGAAUUUACAGCCAUGUCGAGGGGCGGCACCCCGUCUGCCUCCACACGCACCUCACCAACCAAAGUCCCUGUGAGAAACCUGCAUCAGUCUGGAUUUACAUUAGCAGGUCCUGAGGAAGCUCCUAUCAGACCGGCUGGAAGACGAAUCGUUGUGCCACCUGGUGGCCGCUCCAACAUCACCUCCCUGAGUUAAAUAUACAGAGAGACCUACAGGCUAUGGGGAGAAAGGCCUUACCUUUCAUAAAUAACUCCUGCUGUAUGAUUGAACCUCUGAAGAAAGCAAACAUCCAAUGAAACAUAAGGGCAUUUAGUCUAGCUGUAUAUUUGGUUAUUAUGUGUUUAGACAAACGGAUUAGGAUUACAGAAAAAAAUGACAUAAAAUGAAGAGAUUUGAUUAGAGAACGAGUUACUGUUGUGUGUAUCGUAGGCCUUCAUCUUCUGCUUUAUUUGUGUUUAUUAGCUGUAGGUGUGAUCAUGUCAGUUUAUAUUGUUAAUGAAGUGUUGGAGCAAUGAAGCUAACUAAAGUCAAACGAAUGCUAGCAUUAUUAUUCAUUAUAUUGUAGCUUUGAAAUGCAUCUGUCAUAUGAAGGAAGAGGUUUAAUUGGAGCAAAAAAUCUGAUUCAGUCAGUAUUUAAACUGGAAAGCUUCCUGUAAACAUUUGCUUUUCAGUUUUAGUGAUUCAAAAUCCUUUUUUAAUACAGAAUGAUUCUGAACACUAACAGAUGCUACAGUAUAUUUUCAUACAUCACUUUACAUGAAUAUGUUUGUGAUAUCUAACUGAUUUGUGUGGUAUUAGAAGAGGUCUUGUGUUUUAUGAGGAAAGUGUUAAACGGCUGCUUAUGUUCUGACUUAAAGACAGCCCGUUCAAAUGUUUUGCGUAUUUAUGUGGUUUUGAUCGUCUUUGUAUUUUCUUUCUUACAGUCGGGUCAAAAACAUGCAGGUCAAAAUGAAUGUGUGAUGUGCAAACUUUGUUCCUGAAUAAACCUGUUACAGAUGA